AUGACUGAACAGAAUCAACAACAUAGAUUGAGAUUCCCACGUGGAUUCCAUGGCUACCCAUACAACUAUCACAAACUUGAAGGUUAUGGUUUGCCAAAGGGAUACGUCACUCUCCUUGGCAUCGGUGUCACCUUUGGUGCCGUGGUAGUUCUAAUGAGUGGAUUCAGAUCAACAAAGAAACCACACGUAUCUCAAACUGAUCAAUGGAACAAUGCUACACUCCAGUAUGCUAAAGAUGUUAAGGCUGAUCCAAUUUACCAUUUGCCACACGAGAAGUAG